AAACAACGGAAGUGAGAGAGAAACAGAUGGAGAGAUAACUGUGGGUGUGUGUUGAGUCAAUCAGUUUCCGAAAAAGGGCCGUCCCCUCCUCCCCGCUGCUUCUCUCGCAUGUUUGUCUCUCCGGUGCAAGGGGCGGUCUCAGCGCCGCAGCAGAUCCGGAAUUAGAAGGCGCUCGCUCGGCUGUGCUCGGUCGGUCGCUCGGUAGGUAGGUGGGCUCCUCCGCGGCGGUUCAACACGAAGAAGAGGUGGAGGAAACCAGAAGCGGAACUAGCUUUAUUAAAAUAAAAUAAAAAAACAUUUCUAGAAGGAGGAAAGAGGAAAAAGGAAAAAGGAAGAAGCCAGGUGGACUGAAAGUGUCGACCGACAGAGAGAGAGAGAGAGAGAGAGGGAGAGAGAGGGGAGGGACGACUAUACUGGAGCAGAAAAGAGGAAUAAAAAAGAAGAAAUAAAAAGUAGAGGGGGAAGAAGGAGGACAACAUGCCCCUGGCUCAGUUGGCAGAUCCCUGGCAGAAGAUGCCUCUGGGGGGGACGGCUGGAGAGGAUGCACAUCACGAUCACGAGGACUCAGUGGGUGAGGACGACUCAAUGCCUGCUUGCACCGAUGACGCGCCAAUCAAGGAGAUCAGCAUCACUCACCUUGUGAAGGAGGGAUCAGAGAAGGCCGAUCCCCGGCAGUUCGAGCUACGCAAAGUCCUCGGACAGGGCUCCUUUGGCAAGGUGUUUCUGGUGAGGAAGGUCACAGGGCCAGAUGCCGGGCAGCUGUACGCCAUGAAAGUCCUGAAGAAAGCUACACUGAAAGUGCGCGACCGGGUCAGGACAAAGAUGGAGAGAGACAUCCUGGUGGAGGUCAACCAUCCCUUUAUCGUCAAACUGCACUACGCGUUUCAGACGGAGGGGAAGCUCUACCUGAUCCUGGACUUCCUCAGAGGAGGAGAUCUCUUCACUCGCCUCUCUAAGGAGGUCAUGUUCACAGAGGAGGAUGUGAAGUUUUAUCUGGCAGAACUCGCUCUGGCCCUCGAUCACCUUCACAGCCUGGGCAUCAUUUACAGAGACCUGAAGCCAGAGAACAUCCUGCUCGACGAGGAGGGACACAUCAAGCUGACCGACUUUGGCCUCAGCAAGGAGUCCAUAGACCAGGCGAACAAGGCCUACUCCUUCUGUGGGACGGUGGAGUACAUGGCUCCCGAGGUGGUCAACAGGCGAGGACACACGCACAGCGCCGACUGGUGGUCGUAUGGCGUGCUCAUGUUUGAGAUGCUGACGGGAACGCUGCCGUUUCAAGGCAAAGACCGGAAAGAGACGAUGACCAUGAUCCUCAAGGCCAAGUUGGGAAUGCCACAGUUUUUGAGUCCAGAAGCUCAGAGUCUCCUCAGGAACCUUUUCAAACGCAACCCUGCCAACAGAUUAGGAGCUGGACCCGACGGUGUGGAGGAGAUCAAGAGGCAUCACUUCUUCAGCACCAUCGACUGGAAUAAACUGUUCCGCAGAGAGCUCCACCCUCCCUUCAAACCGGCUGCAGGACGACCCGAUGACACUUUCUACUUUGAUCCAGAGUUCACAGCUAAAACACCCAGAGACUCUCCUGGCGUUCCUCCCAGCGCCAACGCCCAUCAGCUGUUCAGAGGUUUCAGUUUUGUGGCCAUAACGGAAGAGGAAACGCAACCACUACCCAGCACUAUUGUUCAGCAGCUGCACAGAAGCACAUCCCAGUUCUCAGACGCCUACGAGAUCAAAGAGGACAUCGGCGUCGGGUCGUACUCCAUCUGCAAGCGCUGCAUUCACAAAGGAACCGGCAUGGAGUACGCAGUCAAGAUCAUCAGCAAGGCCAAGAGAGACCCGACGGAGGAGGUGGAGAUCCUGCUGAGAUACGGCCAACAUCCCAACAUCAUCACCCUCAAAGACGUGUACGACGACGGCCGCUCGGUGUACUUGGUGACGGAGCUGAUGAAAGGGGGCGAGCUGCUGGACAAAAUCCUCCGACAGAAGUUUUUCUCUGAGCGAGAAGCGAGCGCUGUUCUCUACACCAUCACCAAGACGCUGGAGUACCUGCAUGUCCAGGGGGUGGUGCACAGAGACCUGAAGCCCAGUAACAUCCUCUACGUGGACGAGAGCGGGAACGCCGAGUCCAUCAGGAUCUGUGAUUUUGGUUUCGCCAAACAGCUGAGAGCCGAGAACGGUCUGCUCAUGACGCCGUGUUACACCGCCAACUUUGUCGCACCUGAGGUGUUGAAGAAGCAGGGUUACGAUGCAGCCUGUGACAUCUGGAGUCUCGGAGUCCUGCUCUACACAAUGCUCACAGGUUUCACUCCCUUCGCUAACGGCCCGGAGGACACGCCGGAGGAGAUUUUGGCUCGUAUCGGCAGCGGGAAGUUCUCCCUCAGUGGAGGAUACUGGAACUCCGUCUCUGUGGAGGCGAAGGACCUGGUGUCCAAGAUGCUCCACGUGGAUCCCCACCGGCGGCUGACUGCGGGUCAGGUUCUCCGACACCCCUGGGUGACGCACCGAGACCAGCUGCCCAAAUACACCCUCAACAGACACGACGCUCCGCACCUCGUCAAGGGUGCGAUGGCGGCCACCUACUCGGCUCUCAACAGGAACGUCCCCCCGGUCCUGGAGCCGGUGGGCUGCUCCACUCUGGCCCAGCGGAGGGGGCUGAAGAAGAUCACCUCCACUGCUCUGUGACCUUUAACCCCCCUCCCCCAACUCUGACCUCGAUCCGCCGGACCCUCACCCUUCCUCUCUGUCUCUGGUCCGGUCUGGUGGGACAGACUACUGAUGGACCCAGGAACCGCUUACGCCAAAUAGGAACACGGAGACCCCACUGCCCCCCUCCCCCCUCUCGCCCUGUCCUGCAAUUAACGGACUCUUGUGAUUGGAUCUCGUGGCUGGUUAUUUCUCAGCUUUAGCAUCACUGUUUGACAGGCUGAACCCUCUGGUGGCGUUUGUUUGUUUUUUUUUUUUUGCUUUGGACAAUCAGCGUGGCCUCGUGGACCCGUAGACCGAGCACGCAUCAGGAAAAUAAAAAGUACUCUAUUUAUUUACUUUCGAACGGGGAAAUCUGAACAUAGGAACAUGGUAAUCUAAUGUAUGCAUUUAAAGAGCUAGGAUCAUUGACGUUAUACUGUCGUAUUGGUUCUGUGUAGCUGUAGAUCCUGUAUUUAAACCUUAAGUAGCCUCUGAGAUGACGCCGUCCGCAGAAAAGGACAGAAGGUGUGAGUCAACGUUAGCGGCAGGUUGGUGUUCGGAGCAGCCUCGGCCUCAAAAUGUUGCCGUUUGCUUUUCCAGAUUUACCUGCAGAGCUAGAAAAAAAAUCAGGACGUAAGAAGGGAGAACUCUGAUAACAGAAGCAUUUACUCAACUUGAUGUUUUUUGGGAUAAAGAAAAGUCUCUCAGGAGAGGUGAUUUUUAUGCAUCUCACACUUCCAGUAUCCAGUAUUUUACCUUUCAGGUGCAAAACACAAAGAAGAAACGUUGGUUAGUCUCAGCCGGCAGACGUCCAACAGUUCAGCAUGCAUCCAGCAGCCUGUGUCCAAAACUUAAAUUCAUUUUGGGAAUGAAACCAAACUUUUGUCCCCUCAGAUUUGACGUAAACUUAAAGGAGGAGACUGGCAAUAUUCCCCAUAAGACCAAAACCAGCAGUACCUUCUGACUUCCUGUCGUCUCAGCCUCAAGCCCACUGGUUCCUACGGAAAAUAUGAAUCCUUAAAAACAGCUGUGUGUGUGUUCAUGGUGAUGAAGGAACAUGUGACCCAGUGCAGCAGUGAGGCUCACUGAUGGGUUUUAAUAGUUUUUAACAACAAAGGAGCUCUAUGGCUCAGAGGAAGAAGAGACAUCAGGCUGUGAGAGACACACAGGAUGUGUUAGGAGAUUCAUUCACUGCUGGUUUUGGUCUUUUUUCAUGAGAUUUGAAAAACGCAGAAUGUAUAAAAUGUAUUUUAAUCAAAUUUGAGAGGAAACCUGGGUAACAGUAAAUUAAAUGUAACUUAGAACAAGUAGAAAAUUACAACCGAAGCGCUUAAAGCAACAAGAACAACGCAGAUUUUUAAAGCUGCACAAGGAAAUAAGUUGGAUUCUUCUGGAGGUUUUUAUUCUUUUCCUGUCUCAUCUGGUACUUACAGGACUUUCCCCCUAGAGCGAGCUGAAUUUCUUUUAUGCAAAAACCAGUGGUGGAAGAAGUACUCAAGUAGCAAUACCACAGUCUAGAAAAAUAAAAUCCUCCAUUCAAACUUAGUAUUAGCAUUAAAAUAUACUUGAAAGUACCACAAGUAAUAGUAAUCACUAUGCAGAGUGAAAUUCAUUUAUGCAAAAACCAGUGGUGGAGGAAGUUUACUCAAGUAAAAGUACCAAAGUAUUAAAAUAUACUUCUCAAAAGUACUCAAUAUGCAGAGUGUGACCCCUUUCAGAGUGAUAGAUUCUACUGGACUCUAAUUAUAAAUGCAUGCCUGUGUAAGUAUCACUUUAAUGUACUUUAUAUACUGCUGGGUAGCUUAAUCUAUAAAAAUACAUCAUAAGUAUUUGUUGUUUUAAUAAUCUGACGUUGAGCGUAGAGCAGUAAAAAGUAUAUUUGCUACCAAAGUAAAGUGGUAUAAAAAUGUACUUCACUACAGUACGUAUGUACUUUUCACCACUGGCUAAAACGGCGUGAAUCUAAAGCAUCUGUCCGACAGUACGUCUGGUGUGUGUUGGUGUUUUAAGACCUUGUGCAGCUUUAAGACGUGUCAGCAAAGUUAAAGCAUCUUAAACUGGAGGAGACGUCUGCACAACAAACACACGAGAACGAGGGGGCAUGUUUGAGGCCGGCGGCGUCCUCGUUCCUCUUUAUUCUUCCCCCCACAACACAAACAGGAGGAUGUUUGUGUUUACCUGCUGACCCAACAGGCUGUCUGAGGACAAAAUGACGAUUUACCUUCGAAUAAGCAGAAAGUUGGAUAAAGAAAAAGGCGCCAGAGAGAGGGAAAGCGAGCUACCUGCUUUCGCUUGAUCAGCCUCUGACCUUCUGUAUGAGCCGGACGAUCAUCUCUGUUUGUGCAGCAGCAGACAGGAAGCUGAACUGUAAAUAUAUUAAAAAAAUGUUGAGCAACUCAGGUUUCUAUGAAUCAAGACGAUGCAUUUUUAGAUGUCCGGCCGGAGAGAGAGAGAGAGAGACACGCACACGAAACGAGCAGACAGAUAACGAGUGAUGGGAGGUGAAGCAGGACGCAAGGGGGGGAACCUGAUCGACCCAUUUCAUCUUCACGGACGUUUGAAGUUCUUCCACCUGCAGUUUUACAAAAGUCUCUUGUUCGUCUUUAACGUGUUCAUGCUCGUGAUGAAGACGAUCUUCUGUCAGCAGAACCCUUUAAAAGACUCAAUAACUCAAAGUGUAGCAGAAAAAAAGGUGUUCCAGUUGUAUUCAGGCGUUGAAACUACCUGUACGUGUGUCCCGCCAUCUUGGAGGUUCAUCAGUGGAGAAGUUCACCCAAAUUACAAAAAGACAUAUUUUCCACCUAACAGAGGAUUUAAUGUUCAGGCAUCUUGACUUUUAAUCAGCGUUGGGAGAAGGUAUUCAGACCUUUUACUAAAGUAAAAGUACCAAUAACACAAAGUAAAAGUCUUGCAUUCAAAAUACUACUUAAGUAAACAGAAGUAUACAGAAGCAUGUACUUGUAAAAGUGCAGUAAUUCUGCCGCCCCUGGGACUGAUAUAUUUUAAUAUGUCACUAUUAGAUUAACACUGAUCCAUCAAUGUGUAAGUAACAUUUUAUUGAUGUAGCUGCUCGAGGUGGAGUUUAUAUAAACUACAGUUUAGUCAAGUUGUUUCUGUCUAAGUCACCAGAUAACUCAGAGGAGAUGCGAGAUUAUUAAGUUCUACUUCACACAUUUAUAAUGAUCUACAUAUCUUACACAUUUAUCGCACAUCUCUUAAUUUUUUAUGUGAAAUAUUUGAUAAUUUUACCUUUUUUGAGCAUCAAACUGUUUAAAUGAAACCAUGUGAGAAGUUUAGAGGGUAAAAGUAUAUCAACGAAGACACAAACCAAAAAGGUUGGAAAUUACUGGUUUAAUCUUUAACAAUUUAAACGUAUUAUAUAUUUUUUCAAAUGUAAAUUCUGAAUCUUAAAAAUAACCAGUAACUACAGCUGUUAGAUGAAUGUUGUGAAGUCAAUAUUUCCCUCUGAGAUGUGCUGGAGUAAAAGUAUAAAAUGGCAGAAAACGAAAUAAACUGAACUUUUUAAACGUC